AUGGGAAUGUUGAUGGGUGGAGGUUUUAACAGAGCACCAAAUCACCCAAGCUUCCACAGAGAAAUAAUUACUGGUCGCUUGAAUUCCAGGUAUUUUUUCAGGAAUCUUUCAUCAAUCGAACACAAUCCCUCGCCGCGUUACAUCAUCCCCAAACGCCAUCUGCAAAUCGACAGCACAAGAAGCUCCCUCCCUGAGAAGAAGAAGAAGAAGCUGCUUCCUCUUUUGCUGCGCAAACAUGGCAACAACAUGAAUACUGAUGGAGACGUUGACUUGAGGUGUAAUUAUUUCUCUGUGUUUGAUGGGGAUGACAAAUCAUUAUCAACACGACAACUCCACUUGCCAUUUAGUGUUAACAUCCAGGGCUAUUGCAAUGGCGUGGUGUGCCUCGUGGAUAAGUUUGUUGGUCAUAGAAUUGCCCUUUGGAACCCAUCGAUUAACGAAUUUAAGUUCCUUCCCCCGACUUGCAUCCAACGCCAUCCAGAUGCUAAAUAUCUCAUGUUUGCUGGUACCAGUACUGGCUUCGAUCGUAAUUCUCAAGAUAUCAAGGUAGUAAGGUUCGUGUUCGACAUUUUUCCUGAAGAACAUUAUACUCACCCCACGACUCACGCGGAGUUGUACUCCCUAAAGUCCGAUUCUUGGGAGGAAUUACCUGAUUCUGUUACCUCAUCACCUUGGGAGGAAUCACUCGUCCGGGUUUCUGCUUCUGUAAAUGGGGUUGCUUAUCGUGAGACGGAGAUAAACAGCAGGGUGCGACUUCUUACCUUUGACUUUGCAAGUAAACAAUUUUCUUUCCUUGAUCUUCCGGAUUCCGCUAAGCUUGUCGGGACAUCUUAUAGGCUGCAUCUUGCCGAGCGGGAGGGGAAGCUUGCUGCUAUAAUCUACCCAGAGUGUACAUUCUACCCAAAGUAUAAUAUCUACCCAAAUUCUGAGACGAAAAAAAAAAACUUGUGA